GUGUGGUUAACAGCAGGUAGAAAAGCCAAAAUAGUGAGAAAACAUAAGUAGGUGUAAUAUUUAAAAUGUGUUUUUUUAAUUUGGCAGACAACCAACAAUACUGACUUAGAGUGAAACUUCACAUUGACACAGUGAAUUGAUACUUUUAGCACAGAUUUCAGCAUACUGUCCUCACACCAAACUAUAUGCAAAAAUCAUGCAUUUCAUGGAUAAUUAACCCCUCGUAGAAAAUAUAUUGAGAGAAUACAAGGACAUAUUAUAAAUAUUGUCAGCACAUAAUGCAACAGUUCUCAAUAAUAUGCGGUAAAUACUUUGACCUGUAAUACUUCUGCUGCUUGUUCAUUAAUUCCUAUUGCAGGUAGACUAUCAUUGGCUUCAUUGAGCGAAACUGGCCGUUUAGUUAACAUUUGUACACAGCUACAUUGUUGGAUAACGUGGUUAUGUUACACUGAAAUUACAAAAAAAAACAAAAAAAAAAAAAAAACAAAAAAAAACACGUGUGUUGUGGUUUGACUCGUAACGGUGGUUAAUACAGCAACAGUGCGAGAAUAAAGCCCGGUUGAAGCCGCCUCUGUGCGGCUGUUGCUGGGAGCUCCGGCCAAUCAAAGCCGCUGCGCUCCCAUACAAGUAGUUUGGGGGCUGGAGAAGCAUGACAUCAUGCUCAGCCCCGACCCUCUCUGCGAAAACAAAGCGUGAAACAUCUUUAUCUCACUACUGCAAACCACAGUCGACGACUGAGCCGUCUGCGCUGUGAUAUUCCGCGGUCCCAAUCCGUAAAAUACACCGGGAGUGGUGGCCCUGGUUACCCGGUGUGCGGAGCGGAGUCUGGGAGGGGCAUCCGUCUGUGCGUCCGGGGGAAUGGCGGAUGGGGGGAGGCCGCCGUGUCUGUGGAGUGGGACAGCGGUGAUGGGGGUCUGACAGAAUAACAUCCCAACAUCUGCGUCUUUAUUUCCUCCGGUUUAGCUCGGUAUUCAGCUCUGGCCAUGGAUCCUGAGAAAAAGUUGACAUUCUGCCUCUUGGUGAAGGCUGAGGAGAUGACCAUGUCCCUGCAGGGGCUGGACGGCACUGAAGCUGCUACGGUGGCUGUUCCUCCGAAGGUGGCUGUUCCCCAGACGGAGGCCGACAUCAGCACAAUUAAUAAGGUGGUGAAGCAGCAAGGUUCUUCUGGUAGCCAGCCUGUAGUCAGCCCCAAGUACUGUCCUGGAGUCAACAACAACCCAGGUUACCUGUGUGAAACAGGACACUGCUGCGGAGAGACAGGCUGCUGUACCUACUAUUACGAACUCUGGUGGUUCUGGCUUUUGUGGACGGUGCUGAUCCUCUUCAGCUGUUUCUGUGCUUACCGCCACCGCCGGGCCAAGCUGAGGAUCCAGCAGCAGCAGAGACAGAGAGAGAUCAACCUGAUUGCCUAUAACGGGGCCUGCAACUACCCUUCCUCGAUGCUGGACCUCAGUUUUCUGGCUUCCUUCAAGUUGCCCUCGUAUGAGGAGGUGGCUGCACAGCCCAGCACUCCUCCUCCGCCUUACAGCUCUAUCUUCGCCCUGCAGGGAGGCACCAUGGGGGGUCCUAGCUCCUCUUUCCCCCAUCAUCACCACCACCGUCACCCCCCCUGCCCUCCCUACCUGGGCCCUGGCCCCAGUGGCCUGACUUCCUCCCAGAGCUCUGACAACUACACCAGCUGCUCAUGCGAGUCGUGCUCCCUCACCUCGCCCUCCAGCACCUCCUUCUCCGUCCAGGUGACAGACGAGACGUACGACAGCAGCCACAUCUCCACGCCCAGUGAGGCGGGGGGCGACUGCGCCAUCGUGCCGAGGGUCGGGGCUGCCUUCACGCCAAUGCCCUCCCCGCCGCCUCCAUCACAACUUCCACCUGAUGUUAUACCAGCGGCCGCUCCAGAUGUCAUACCCGUGCAGAGACGCUCCUCUAACGGCAGUGAAGGAGUCUCACCUCCUGGCUCCACCUCUCUCACUUCCACUGCACUCUCGUCCUUCACACCCGUCUCGCCUCCCGCUCUCUCCCCUCAUGCUGUUAUCCUCCCUCCCCCCUGGUCAAGUCCAUCCUCUUGUCUUCUCAGACCCUCUUGGCGCCAUGGCCGUCCAGAAAGAGAGAGAAGAGGAGGCCUCACCUCACGGUCCAACCCCCAGGCCCACACCGACUCCUCCUAAACAGGCUCUCUUCUCCCCAAAUGUGGCUGUUUUCACACAUUGCAACAGCAAGGAGGAGCAGAAACGGGAAAAAGAAGAGGAGGAAGAGGAAGACGAAGAUGACGAGGAGGAUCAUUUCAGGCACCGGCGGCUAACGGGUGACUCGGGCAUCGAGGUAUGUCGCUGCCACGUGAAGAGAGAGGAACAAGACAAAGAGGAACUGCAGAAGGGGCAUUUUGGUAAAGGAGGGAAAGAGACUGGGAAGGAGGAGGAGAGGGCAGAUGCCCUGCACGACAGUGUGGACUGUUCCCUCCGAGCAAAGGCUGCCGAGCAGUCACCCCUCCUGGACGACUGCGCCGAGCAGCGCGGCCACGUCUCCUCAUCCUGCGCUGUCAUCCAGAAGACAGGCGAGGCCAUUAUCACUGUGGAGUCGUCGUAGGCUGACAGCCAGUGAGAUAAAGUCAAACAAGAGGGUAAAACAUGAGAUGUUUGUGCUUAAUGGCAUCCUUACAGAUCAAGACUAGUAGGUGACAGAGUUGAAUCACUGAAGAAAAGUCUUGCAGGUCUUUACGGUUGCAAACCAAGGGACUCUGUAUUCUGUUUCAAAUGAGAACCUGACAGUUGAAAGUCAUAUUUUAUGGUUAGUUCAUUUGGUUUGUGGUUCAGGAGAAAGCAUAUCUUGUUCUCUAAAGUGAUGACAUUAAGUAAUGUUAUUAAGUGAACUGUUCUUUCUCUUUCUCCGUCAUUUCUCCACAUGAUAACCAAAUUAAUUUUUUUGAGCAGCUCGGUGUCAACGUACCAACAUCCCUCUGCUGUUUACUUUUUUAUCUCUCUUUUCUCUGCAUGAUGCAACAUUACUAAAGUAGCAUUUUAGCUCUCUGCAGUGAAAUCAGUGGUUCCCAACCGGGGUGGGGGGGUCAGGACAGGACCUUUCAAAGGAGUCUGAAGACAAAUCAGAGGAGUCAUAAGAAGUUAAACACGCUGAUCUUUAAUCUUUUUUUAUGAGAAAUCAUGGAAAGUUUCACACUUAAAGAGAAUUCAAAUUAAACAAUCUGAGAAGCGAAAAUCAAUCUUUGGUAGUACAGCUCACAACUUAUUGACAUAUGCAAUGUAUAAUGGCUCGGAACAAACUGUUCUUUCAAUUUAAGGGGUCAUACAGCAAAAAGGUUUGGAACCACUGCCCUAUACAGUAUAGCAGUGGCAGUAUAGCAGUAUAGCAGUAUAGUAUGUAUUACUUCUGUCAUCCCAGACGUUUGUAACCAUAAACAAGACUGUUUAUCAUUAACUGGCAUCUUCUUGAAUUGAAAUAUACAUAUAUAUAUAUAUAUAUAUUCUAGGAGUAUAUGAAGUAAAAUUAUGGAACAGUUUGUUUUCAAAAGAGCAGUUUGAAAACAAGCGUCACAUAAUAUUAAUUUACUGGCUUCCAACAUUUGAAGAACUCAAGAGAGUUCACAGAUGUUGCUCUCUGAAGUCAGAUUGUUUCUGUUUUUGUUGUAGGGUGAAGUUUUAGCUUUCACCAGCCUCUCUGUUUAUCAGAGGAAAUAAUGACAGAAGGCAACUAUUAAGACUGAUUCAAAGGGUGUGUGUUUUAUACAUUAUGUCUUAUGUUGUUCCCUAAAGGAAAAGGGAUGCAAACAUUGAUUAACAUGUGUGGGUGACAAAGCUUUACAAUGGUAUUGUGAUUAUACAUUGUUGUUUCAGACUGAAUACACUGUAUAAUUACCUGAUUGGUCGACUUUGGAUUUAAUGUGUUUGAACAUGUUGCUGGUUGGCGAUUGCCAUUUUUGCAAAGGCAACAUAAAUCUGGUUCCUCCAUGGACAGACUGUUGAGUUUUUACAAGGCAGAAACUUUAAGCCUAAUCUCAUGACUGAUAAUGAAUGUAAAAGGUUAUGUAUCGCAACAAAAAAAAACAAAAAACACUUAAACUGUUUACUGAGAAUUUUUAUAGCAUGACGCUUGACUGAAAAUGUCUGGUAAAGUGUCCAAAGCGAGGCAACACAAACUGCCUGGUGUAGGCUUUGAGAAGACACUUUGAAAUGAAGUGCCCCUUGUAACAUUUGUCCGAGUUGAGUAACACUUGUUAAAUAUCAGAUGUAUGAAGUGAGGGUUUAAAGUCACAGAUGGUACGAUGCUUUUUUGAGAAUCCGCUGUGGUUGAACGUGUGGUCACUUCUGAGAGUUGGACUGUUUUUCUCUUCAUGUUUCCUGGUCGAUCCUGUUUUUGUGUGUAAAACCAUUCGUCUGUUGAUGUCCAGUUGUACAGCGUCUGUCACUAACAAAUACGUAGUCUCUGCCUCGGUGGGUGGAGUGUGAUACCCCCUGAUUGAUGCUCUGUACUUCCUAGGAUUACGUGAAGUUAGUCAGUUCUUAGUGAGAAUAGCACACAUGUAUUCUCUUGUAAUUAAUUCUCAGUACAUAAUGUACUCAAGAAGAGAACAAGUUUUAGAAAGAGCGAAUGUAUCGAAUCAUAUUUUCUACAUGUUUGUCUUGCUGUAGUUAAUCUGAGACAAAUGUCUCUUGUAGUUCAUUGACUGGAGGCCACUUUGUCGUGUCUUUGGCUCAGCACAAAGCUGACUUAAUUGUCUAAUGCCUGAAGGCAAUGCUUUCAACUGAUUUGUAGUUCUGUGGGCAGAAAACUUUGCCUCGAUUCAGCUCUAUAAUAUCUUUAUUUGUCAAAGACAAAUCGUGUGUGUACCUUAAAAAGUGUGUGUAGGGAAUGCAAGUAGGUUUGUGUUGCCGUUUGAUUUUGUUAUGAAGGUCAUCUUCACAUCCUUGAUCUUCUCUGUUCAAAGCUCUUGUGCAGUGACUCACAGGUGUGUCUCAGAGAUGACAGAGAGACUCUUCAUCCUCUGAACAUAUCGACAAAAGCCUUUUGGCUUCUGUACAUUUUUGGCUGAGAUCAAAGACAUGCAUUAUUUUAAUUUUCAUUAGUUCUAGCUGAUGUGUGUUUUUUUUUUAUCAAAGCAUAUGGUGCCUAGAUAAAAAUAGACGUUCUGUUGAUCAUUCUAUGGUUUGAUGCUGCUAUGUGAGUGUGUGUUUUCUGUAAAUUGUGUAUAGCCGUCCGUACAUCGAGUGGGCAAACAUUUUCUAGCAGUGCUUAGCAGUCUCUUUGUAAAAUAUACACAGUACAUGUGAGACUUGCAAAAAUAGUAUUUAGCAAUAGUAUUCACACUUUUUUUCCUUAUUCUAGUUGAUGCUGGUUGAUAGGAAAUUAACUGUUGUGAAAAAGACAUUUACCUCUUCAUCACUGAUCCGUGAGCUGUGCUGGGCAGAGGCCCUUGAUUGUACAUAACACAGCAUUUUUAAUGCCUUUGGCUUAAGGUUUCUCCCAAGUGCAAACUCAGAUUACCUGGUUUUACAUCAGCCCCAGUUUGGGCCUCUUCUGUAUUAUCAUUACAUUCGAGUCACUCAGCGGAGCGUUCGUAUUUCUGAAGGAUAAAUACCUGACUCUCCUGUCCGCGGCAUUAUAUAAAGAUUUUUAACCCAUUUCCCUAAGUCACAUUCCACACAAAGAUGGUAGCUGGAAAUAAAGAUGCGUCCUUGUUUUAUUUUAUUAUAUUUUCUAUGUUGUUGGUUUGCAAGUGGAAGUCUUAUUGUCUUAUGCACUAUACCUACUAUGAUGAUGAAUUAAGAAUGUGGUGCAUGAAAUGGCUCCACACUAAAUAAAGUUAAAUAAAGUUGCAACUUAGGAAAAGGGCUUAAAAUCUCUUAUUGUGCACAAAUGACCGUCUGGGUUUUUUUAAUUUUGAGUUUUCAGGAAAAGGGAUGUUCAGCUCUGUGACUUGAAUAAAAUGGUGGUGGUAAAUAAGAGGCACAAACUGGGGCCAGUUUUACCCCGAUUCUGAUUUCACGUUGAAGCCAAACUGAGUUUAGUGUAUAUAGAGCUAGGUUAGUACAACAGCUUGUAUGUACAGACAAAACGCCCAGACUCUACUCUCAAUGCCACUGUAGGCCAAGGCCUGAUAUAAGACUGUUACCUCGCUGAGUUUUGACUGCAAAGGACUGUUCUCCUUAUCAAGAUAGUAUUUACUCUAUAUUUGUACUGACUUUAUUUUGUAAUGCCAAGAAUUGAUGAAUUAAAAAAAACUACACACUCAGAGCCCAUAUUAGUACGGCUGAACUAGUUUGCCAGGAAAAAACAAAACAUCAAACCCUGUUGAUUCAGGAUAACUUAAGACUGUUUGUCUCCCGGGAAAACAAAGCAUUCUCCUUUUCCUCCUGCAGCUCCGGGACAGCAGGAUUUAUAGCAGUAUCUAUAUGUGAUUGUACGUGGAAUAGUUCAGAUUAAUAUUACUACAAAUUGUGGUGUUAUUUGAGGGUAUCUUUGUGCAAUUCUACCUGCAGCUCUUCAGUGUGUUGUGCGCAUGUGUGAGAGAGUUAUCGUCAGCUGUGUUGUUGUGGUGUUAAAUCAUUGUCGCUUAUUAUGAGGCCAAAGUUGAGUGUUGUUGGUAUUUGUUAACAUGAUAUUUGUCGAUAUAAAUAUCCAAACAUUUUUAUGUCACCAUGAAUAUCAAGUUGAUUUUGUAUCUUGGUGUAUAGCAUAGAGAUUUCUGAUGCAUACUCUAAUGUAAAAUCCAAACAAUGAGACGCUCUCACAUUUUCAAAUAUAUAUUUGGUUGCACAUCUUUUGGUGCUUUUUGAGAAGGUGGGGUUGUGUUUAGGUUUCUUCCAUAUGAGGUUUAUUUUUUUUCUUGAUGCUCAUUGGGAUUCCACGAUGUUUGGCACUGACAUCUGUGCUACUUUAUUCAACAAAAACUGUGGAUUUUGUGUCAAAAUAAAUGCUAACAAGUGCUACCAAA